AUGCCGACAUUUGGAUUUGUAGCAAUUUGUCAGGCACACUCCAUUUUUGCCUCAGAAAAAUCUACACGUUUAAGCACCAGGAAGAAUUGGAACUAUUCUUUUACAGAAAAACCAAGAGAGUAUUUAAUAUCUGUAUUGGAACGACUAAGAAUUGCCAAGAUAACAGGUGUGGCUUUCCCUUUCUUUAUGGAUCACUCUAACAUUGUGUCUAUGUUUGAAAUGAUGGACACUUCAGAUAAAGGCACCAUAUCAUUUGUGCAGUACAAAGAAGGCCUAAAAACCCUGGGUCUGUUGAAUGAAGAUGAAGUUUUAAAAGACGAUGGACAUGCAAUAACUUUGGAAAAAUUCAGAGCUGAAGUGAACAAGAGGACUGAGGAAAUAUGGUCAGCAUUUUAAUAACACCAUAAGUCCAAGAUAAUAAAUGAUUCUAUAAAGUUUUUAAAAAAAAAGAAAAUCUGAUAUUAGACAAGUAAGUGUAGAUAUCAUGUUAGCAGUUGACAUUUGAGUCUGAGUUCAGAGGUAAGGUCUAGGCUGAUGAUGCUAAUCUGACAGUGACCCACGC